AUGAUCAGGGUGAACCUGCUCUCAUCUUUGAAAAGCACCAGUGUUGGACCUGCCAAUUCUGCUACUGUUCGUUAUAAAUAUUUUCCUGACUUUCAUGCUGGAUUUGUGCUCCAACAAUAAACUGGCGGGCCGCCUGGUGGCGUGUUUCUGAAGCACACUGACACGCGUUAACUCCCAGAACUGCUGCUGCUGCCACCAUUGGUUGUCGUUUGUCACGUGGUUAUUCUGAAGAUGGCGUCUCCAAAUGGAGGUGAUGAUUUUGAGUCAUCAUUGCUGAGUUUUGAGAAGUUGGAUAGAGCAUCACCAGACUUAUGGCCAGAGCAGUUGCCCGGAGUCUCAGAAUUUGCUGCAUCUUGUAAAAAUCCCAUCACCAAUUCACCCCCAAAGUGGAUGGCUGAGCUGGAAAGUGAGGACAUUGAAAUGUUGAAAGAGCUGGGUAGCCUGACCACAGCCAACCUGAUGGAGAAGGUCAAAGGACUUCAGAAUCUAGCUUACCAGCUGGGCUUAGAGGAGUCCAGGGAAAUGACCAGGGGGAAGUUCCUGAACAUCUUGGAGAGGCCCAAGAAGUGACUUAUCUUUAAAUUUUCAAGGGAUGGGAAUUGUUGGAUUUCACAGUGAUUGCAAUCUAUGCAUUUACCAGUGUGCUAUGAACAUGUUCAGAGACUCUGCAUUCUGAUGAUUAAAUAUAGCAAAAUGCUCACUUUCAUUGCUGAUGUCCUCGCAUCAGACUCCUCUGCACAACUGCUGUCCUCUAGAUAGAUGCUUUGACUUUUUUGGAAAGUUGUUACUUUUCACUGAAUUUCUCUGACUUGCAGACCUACCUUGAUUAAAUGUUCUUAUUUAUUCACACUUUUAAACAUGAUUACUUUUUUUUGCAGUUUGUGAAAUUAUAUAAUA